AUGACUUUCCAGGCGCAAAAAGACCUGAUCAUCUCUUUCUUUCUGUCGAUUUCCGUCCAGGUUGGUGGAGAAAGAUGCCGAGGGAACACAGAACAUUACGUUACAUGCAACACCCAGCCAUGUCCGCCUGGGUCACGUGAUUUCCGGGAGCUGCAGUGCGCAUUUUUUAACGGCCAACGGUACGCUGGUCACGAACGAAAGUGGAGACCCGCCAGGCCAGCUCCAAGAACAGCUCUGUGGAACACAACACCUCUCAAUCCGUGUGCGCUGGUGUGCGCUCCUGAGAAAAUGAAUUGGUUAGUAGUGAAAUUCUCUCGAGCGGUGGUUGACGGCACCUCCUGUGGACCCAGAAGUAUUUGUACAGCCGGAAAAUGCAUCCCCGUAGGUUGUGACAACAAAUUAUAUUCUCACGCGACUCCUGACUGGUGUGGUGUAUGCGGAGGAGAUAACUCGACUUGUUAUUGGGAGAAGGGAAUCCUUACAAGGAACAUUUCAGCAGGUUACCAUGAGUUACUUCAUCUUCCCAAAUCCGCCAGACAUAUCAAAAUCGUGGAGAGGGGACAGAAUAAUGUUGUUCUUGCUCUCCGGGAUGAAAAUGGCCAGUAUUUGCUAAACGGUGAUAUCAACACUAAAUAUCCCAGUGUGACCAAACUUGUGUCAGGAGCUAUUUUUUAUUAUCAUCAUGCCGUCUACAAUGUCAAGGGACUUGAAACACUUCAUGCUGAGGGUCCAAUCAACAGCAGCCUCGCUGUAGUGAGUUUUACCCCCGAAAAAAAGACCGUUAUCCGAUUAAAAUUUGAAUACGUCUUACCAAUAAUAAACAAUACAUUCCAUCAAAAGAAGCAAGAGAAAGAAUAUGAAGCUCUGAAUGCGCCAGACAAUUCCGAGCCCACCUAUUCUUGGCAGACCCUUUUGUACAGUCAGGUGUUAUUUGGACACAUUCCAUCGAGUUUACGCAACCAAUUACUCUCAUCUACCGAACAAAGCCCAACGACACCUCCAGCACCCAUGCCAAUGCAAGAGGUAGCGCCUCCACCUAUUCAGUUCUCGUCGCCGUACGGAAAAACCGUCGAUCGUUCUUCACAGGGUAAAGAUUCUCGAGUCCUUGUUCGUCCGGAGAUUAGUUCAUCUAAACGACAAUUACCUCCCGCUGCAAUGCCAACGCCAGAGAAGAAAAUGGAAUCACUGGCGGUGGAUGGACCUUACCGAAGGGAAAAAGAUGGUCGUAAUCUCAAUAAGGGCGACUCUCUUUGGAAGCAAGAACCUAUUGAUUAUUACCGGCGGUUCCCCGAAACCCACAAGGGUUUCGUCACACAUACACCUCAUAUCCCGUUCACUUCCGGGCGCUCGUCUGCCGUGACGACCCCGCGCGCCUCCAUAAAAAAACAGCGAGAAAGUCGCAAGCACAUAUUUGUAAGAAUUGUAGCUCCUUCAGUGUCAUCAACUACUAACUGGAGAAAUGAAGGCAGAAGAUCGAGCUCACCUAAUGGUAGAUCAAGCGAGGAGGAUAGUGUUAGCCGGCAACCAAAAAUCGUGUCUGAAGAGGACGGGGUUCAAAUCGAGAGAAAUCAAACUGUGAGGAAUUUUCAAAUUCAGAAGAAAGGAUUUCCGAUAUUUCUUUCAGCUAUAACCAGAAUCCAAGACGAUCUAGAUGAGUACCAAACACAGGAUACACGAUAUACGAAUCGAAUCAAUACAACCUCUCCAGACUACAACGCAGUGAAACCGGCCGGAAAGUCUUUGUUGUUUUCUUGGAGAGCGAAUGUUAUUACGCCAUGUAGUUUAACUUGUGAUACAGGUGUCCAGUUUACCUUCUUUAGUUGCUAUAACAUUCUAGCAGAAAAAGUCGACGACAAAUUUUGUAAUGGUCAACCCCAACCUGACCCAAGUUACCACGAAUGCACACGUAACCAAUGCCAAGCUCGGUGGGUGACAGGACUUUGGAGUGUAUGUUCUCGCAGCUGUGAUCUCGGCGAGCAAUUCCGUUCCGUUCGCUGCUGGAGGAUGUUGGCGCCAGGUUUUGACAGCUCGGUUCACGAUUACUUAUGCCCACCCGAAGAGACACCGAUAUCCACCCGGAAAUGCAAUGAAAUACCUUGCGGUCCUCAGUGGGAAAUGUCGCCAUGGUCCGAGUGUUCCUCAUUGUGUGGCUUCGGCAUCCAGAGGCGCCAUGUUCAGUGCAAUGCCGGAGAAGAACAUCUAUGUGGAAGAAGUUCCCGCCCUCCAUCCCAAAAAUCCUGCUUUCACCCACCCUGUGUUAACACAUGGCACGUUUCAGAAUGGAGUCAAUGUAACGGGCCUUGUGGGCGAGGCAUCCAGAGACGUGAUGUGAUGUGCAUUAAUCGUGAAGGAAAGCGAACUGACGUGAGAUACUGCGACAAAAAUACCCGGCCGCUGACGGUGCAAGGUUGUGGAAGUGCACCCUACUGUGCAUCGAUGUGGGUGCCGCAAGCCUACGAAGUGUGUUCUGCUUCUUGUGGAGUCGGGUUGGUGACGCGUAAAGUCGUAUGUGGCAAGGUGGUUAAUCACUCUUUCCAGUUGCAGUCUGAUGCACAUUGUCGUCACAAACCUCGCCCUAAGAGUUCGACACCUUGUAGAUCAAAAACCUGUGGGCCUCAGUGGUAUGUUACAGAAUGGUCAAAGUGCUCGAAGACAUGCGGUCGCAACGCAGUACGAGUUCGUGAGACAACCUGUUACUUCGAGGGAGUAAGAUCGAACAAGUGCAAACCAGCACAAAAACCGGCUACCAUUGACCGGUGUGCAGAGACGAAGUGCCCAGAAAAUGACGAUAACUGCAAAGACGACGAGGCGGUAAAUUGUCAACUGGUAAAGGAAAUCAAUCAUUGCCAUAAUUCGUAUUACAAGAAAGCAUGUUGCAAAACAUGUCAGGAUGAUGAACAGGUGGACGCUGAGCAUCUUAGCACCGAUGACGGGGAAGGUUACACUGAGUAA